GUGUGUGUGUGUGUGUGUGUGUGUGGAGGUAGGAGGGCGGUGGAGGAGAGAUCCGGUUUCUCUCGCGCUCGUGCACGAAGGUCGCUCUGCGAAGAUGCUCCUGCAGCCGAUGGCGCUUGCGCCUGCGGCCCGGUGAUAAACGUGCGCUUUUUUUUUUGCGGCACCGAGCGACGCCGCUGACGGGAGAUGGACACGAACGUGCAACAAGGUCGCUUACGCGUCUGAAUCGCGCGUCUCGACCUCCAAGAUUUCAAGACGGGAGGCACAAUGAGCGAGCAGGUGUCAGUAACCUCGAGCUGGCUGACCUCUGACACAAGCUGGGUCAGUAGUGGUGGUGGGAGCACAGAGAACCUGACUGUUGGAACACUUCCUCCACCUGCCGUUUUACCUCCGGAGUCUUCUGCCGAGCUGCUGGUGAACCCGUGGGAUAUUGUGUUGUGCACGUCGGGCACCCUGAUAGCCUGCGAGAAUGCCUUGGUGGUCUUGGUCAUCUGGCAGAACCCAGCUCUGCGUGCUCCUAUGUUCCUGCUGAUUGGCAGCCUGGCGCUGGCUGACCUGCUAGCUGGCGUGGGUCUGGUGCUCCACUUCACCUUCGCCUACCUACUGCGCUCGGACUCGGCCCAGCUGCUCACCAUCGGCCUGGUGGUGGCCUCGUUCUCCGCUUCCGUCUUUAGCUUGCUAGCCAUUACCAUCGAUCGCUACCUGUCACUGUAUUAUGCACUCACAUACAACUCAGAGCGCACAGCUGCCUUCACCUACACCAUGCUGGUGCUGCUGUGGGGGUUGUCCCUGUGCCUCGGUCUGCUGCCCGUCACCGGGGUAAACUGCCUGAGUCAGGAGGACGCCUGCAGCGUGGUGUGGCCGCUCACAAAGAACAAUGUCGCUGUCCUGUCUGUGUCUUUCUUGCUGCUCUUUGGGCUCAUGCUGCAGCUCUACGUGCAAAUCUGCAAGAUCGUCAUGCGUCACGCGCACCAGAUCGCUGUGCAGCACCACUUCCUGGCUGCCACGCCGCACUACGUCACGACCCGUAAAGGUGUCUCGACACUCGCCAUCAUCCUUGGAACAUUUGCCGCCUGCUGGAUGCCUUUCACUGUCUACUCACUGAUUGCUGACUACACCUACCCACCGCUGUACACAUACGCCACACUGGUUCCUGCCACCUACAACUCCAUCAUCAACCCCGUCAUCUAUGCCUUCCGCAACCAAGAGAUCCAGAAGGCACUUUGGAUGGUGUGCUGCGGCUGCAUCCCGGCCAGCGUGGCGCAACGGGCACGGACGCCCAGUGACGUCUAACAGAAGCGUCUCCCUGGGUUUGCAUGCUGUUGUGAGUCAAGGGGACAUACGUGUGGCCCUUAUUUUACGUCUUCCCCUUAUUGUGAUGUAACUCCGACCACUGCCACAUGGCCUUUUCUCUACCCCCUUCACCCAGGUGCCAGCAAACUGCCACCAAAGCCCACUUUUUAAAGCAAGCAUCUGUACAUAAAAUGUAGACAGACUUGCUGUUGUGAAUGGUCCUUUGAAAGGCCUCGACGGCAUCCCUCAGUGAGGGAGGAGGUUGAGACGAGGGGCCUCGCUCUUCUGCUGCAUUCUGAACGUGUACUGAAAACCAAGCAGCCAUGAGGAGCUAAAAAUAGCCACGGUGCUCACUGAUCCGCGCCUCGCGUUAUCGGAUGGAGAGAAAAUCGGCGCCCAUCUUGCUUUUCUCUUGCUUGCUGUUUUUGUGGGUUUUUUAAAUUUAUUUAUUUGUUUGUUUAUUUAUUUAUAUUGCUUUAAAGACCCUGACCCAAAUGUGCCCGGAUGUACAGAACCCUCCAAAUCAGAAGACCAUGAAAAGAGCUAACAUGAAUCCCCUGAAUGAAACCCAUAGAUGCCUUUAUUUCAAUUUCUUGCCACAGGACGACUAGCAGUGGUUUCCUCCUGCACGAAGUGCGGAGGCUGAAGAGAACUGGGACGGAUGUGAAGUGCGUGGAUAUUUCAGCAGUCGUGUAUGAAUGAAUAGGAGAAUUUACUUUUUGAAUGAACGUACGAAUGUGUAAUAGUGACUUUUGUUUAAUCUGGUCAUUUAAAAUGUCCUUUUUUUCUGCCCUUCAUGCUUUAAUUCCAGCUAAGCUCCGGUCUAAACGAUGGCCAGUUAAAAUCCUAACGAAUUCAUUAAUAUUAAUCGGUAAUCGAAGUUCGAAGCCCGGUUUUCAAGGGCUGCUUAAAUACAAACGAACCGUAUCCAGAAAUCACCUGAAUGUGAAGUAUUCCCUGGAAACAAGCUGCUGAUGAGGAGGAUAAUAAGAGCAAACACAGAUGCUGCUUUAUAGACUAAAACCAAACAAAGCCCAGGUUUGAGAGAUAGCACCGCUGUUCUACUCUGACAUCACCGACGGUGACAUUAAGGGAUAUACAGUAUGCUAUGAUAUAUGAUAAGCGCUGGUGAAAAUGAGCUGAUGGCCACUUUAUAAGAAAGAGCUUGGCUAAGCUGCUGCUCCUCAAAGAAAAGUGAAGGAAUUUGCACGAAUUGUAGUUUUUUUUUUUGGGGGGGGUGGUGGUGGGGGGGUGGGGUGUUUUCACUUCUGCUUUUUUUUUACGUUUUGCACUCGAGCAAAAAAUCUCAGUGUCCACAAAACCACUGAGGAAGUUUUUCCUAAGAACGUACACUUCCUGUUUUAAUCGAUCUUUCACUUUUAAUCUGAAACAAGGAUUUUUAUUAAGAUGAACAAAAAAAUGGAUUCGGGGCUCAAAGGCGACUUGAACGGUCUGAAAAGUUUCUAUUUGGGAUGUUUUAUGAAACAGAACAUUGUUGUAUCGGGUUGUUGUUGUGUUGGGUUUUACACACAGAGUUUAAUUAUCUCCCAAAAGGACAAGCUCGAGAACCUGUUAUGGUUUUAAAUGGAAAUUUUUGCUUCAUAGAAAGCUUUUGCUUUUCAUUAAUAGCAUCAUGCUUAUAUCUUGUUAAAAACCCUAAAGAACCUAUAAAAGAACUCUUAGCUCGUUCUCAGGAACAGAGAACCUACAACAAACACCCACAGAACCUUACAACUUUUCAAUAGUUAUCUUUACAUUCUUUGUCUGAAUCCAAAUCGAUCACUCUUAAAGGUUCUCGUUGAGGGAACCCUAAAACAAGUCCUACAGUUUAAAGGGAGCUGAACUCACCCUAAAAACGGUUCUCACUGACCGGGUUGUGUUUUAGAGGAUCUUAACUAUACCUGGAAACUUUAAGGAACCAGGUUUAAAAAGUGUAGAAAAAGCGUAUGUGUAUUUUGCCCAAUAGCUCCAGUGCAGUAACAGCAGAAUUUCUCGCCUAAACUGCUCGUUCAGAUUGAAUUUUUUUUGUAAAGUCAGACUAAUGUCAUGCUUUGAAACUCCUGCUUUCAAAUCCGUUCCUGCGCUGAGCUCAGACUCCAUGAGCAAGCAAUAACCGCAUUCUGAGUGUUUCACCAAAACGAUAGCAAUAUUCCAGCAGCAAUAACAGCUCCAUCCAGCAAUUUGGAAAGAUAACUGUCCUAAAUGCUAAAUGCUAAUGAUAAACGCUCUAAAUGUCCCUGAGUGAGUGCGAGUGAAGCUUUGUAAAAAAAAACAAAGCAUGGUGAGGGAAGCUGUGUUUCCGAAACGUGUCCGAACCCUCGGCGCUACGACACCAGUCUAAAAAUGUCCCCCUUCGAAUUAGACUGAGUCGCUCCCUUUCGAAUUAGACUGAGUCACUCCCUUUCGAAUUAGACUGAGUCGCUCCCUUUCGAAUUAGACUGAGUCGCUCCCUUUUAAAUUAGACUGAGUCGCUCCCUUUUAAAUUAGACUGAGUCGCUCCCUUUUGAAUUAGACUUAGUCGCUCCUGAAUUAGACUGAGUCGCUCCCUUUUAAAUUAGACUGAGUCGCUCCCUUUUAAAUUAGACUGAGUCGCUCCCUUUUGAAUUAGACUGAGUCGCUUCCUUUUGAAUUAGACUGAGUCGCUCCCUUUUGAAUUAGACUGAGUCGCUCCCUUUUGAAUUAGACUGAGUCGCUCCCUUUCCCGCAGUGAGACACGUUCCUGUAGUUUGUAUCUGCCGUUGUGAAUCACUGACCUGUAAAUGUGUGUCAUGUCUCUGUAUGAUUGCAUUUGUUGCAUGGCAGCGUGUAUGUGCAUGCAUGCGUAUGCUAUGUCCUUGUUUGUGUGCGUGUGUGUGUGUGUGUGUCAUGCUAAAAAGCCUGUCUCCGCUUAAGGCAUGCAGAAAAGAUGGAGGUGAGGUGGCAAACAUCAUGUGCGAAUCCCCACUCCUCAAAAAAGAAAAAGAAACAGAAAAACUCAGUCUUCCUGUCAUUCAUAGACGUCGCCUCUCGAGCCUCGGCCUACUCAACGUGACCUUUGACCUGAGUGACCUCUUUUUUUUUGUUGUUGUUGAAGUGUAAAUGAGUGCUGCAGGUUUUAUUUCAUUGCAUAUGACGAUGUUGACGUUGACGAUGAUGAUGUUUCCGAUGAUGGCAGAUGAGAGAGAAAAGAGAAUGCGUUUUUGAAGAGUCGGUUUGUUUUAUUAUUAAUGAGCAAGACUAUUUUUUUGUUCCUCCUGCAUUUCGAAGCGCUGUACAGCUUUUUCUGAAUGUAUCGAUAAAAGGAACAGUUCUUAUGUUUACUCGGCAAGGCGUCCUAUUCAUCGAGCCGAUCCUGUAAAUAAGGCAUGAGACACCGGAGAGGCAUUUUGACAUUAUUCAUGGUGCUCUGAUCCAACAAUUAACCUUAGGCCUCGUCCAUAUUCACCCGACGUCACCUCCUUACCUUGUCUAAUCUUUUUUUCGAUCGACGUGCAGUGACCCGUACAAGCAAAAACAAACACGACGGGGAGACGACGAGGAUCGCGCUUCAGAGCCGUGCUCUGGUCGAGUCUUUAGUUUCGAUGUGAUGUAAUAAUUAUAAUAUUCGUUGCAAUAUUAUAAUCCAUAAUAUGGAGUAAUAUUAGAGCAUCACAUGUUUUGAUGGAGGAACACUUUUGAUUUCUCCACAAAUGUAACCAAUCGUAGAUGCGCUGUAAUCGACCGCAAUGCUUCUGUGGUGCCGUAAAGCGAGACGUCGUGUGUAGCGCCAGUGUAAAGGGCUUGCGAGGGGUUGAGUCCGUUUAGAUAAAGGCUCAAGUGGAACGUCUACUUUGAUGACACAUACCUCAAGCUUUCUUUGAGGGUUCUGAGCAAAUCGUCCUCUCGGGACUGAAAUCGCUGGUAUCACUGCACGUGUCAUGAAAGAGAUGGUUAGAAAAAAAAAGAACACAGAGGUUGGGUGAAGUAGGAAUAGCAUCUUGUGUAGACGUAUGCGUAGUCUUAACUGUGAAAUGCACUUUAUUUUUGAGAAAUGGCACAACAACAACAACAAGAACAACAAAAAAAUACGUAUCUGCAAAAAUGAUUAAUAAAAAGAAGGAUAAUCAACAUGCACUAUUUAACUGAGAUGUUGUAAGACAUUACGUGAAUGUGGUGUAUAUUUUUCCAAGGUGUUAGUGCUCUCUUUUUAUUGCUUUGAUUAGUUAAAAAAAUCGAGAGAUUCUUGUUAAUUUUUGUAUUAAAAGAAUGUGCUGUGCAUUUA